AUGGCGCUUCCUGACUGGAUAGUUACGCUGACUGCCGGCGCAUCCUUCCUCUGUCUCUUAUGUCUGUGUGUCCGCUUCAGACGCACAGGACAAGUGGUGUGGAGAAAUUUUUUGAGCAAGAUAAUGGCUCGGACGGAGAGGCCGUUGUUCAGAAUCGCGUACACGCUGUACACCAGGACCAGACUGGGCUACAUGUACUAUAAGAGGCAGGUGAGGAAAGCCCGGGAAAAUUAUCCUGCUGGACACUCCACAGCUCUACCCAUGGAGUUCAAUGGUAUCAAAAUAAUUCCCAUCCCAGUGCUGUCUGACAACUACAGCUAUCUUGUAAUUGACACUGCCUCCAGUGUUGCAGUGGUUGUAGACCCAGCAGACCCUCAAACAGUUCAGGCUGUCCUUAAGGAGGAGGGUGUGAUGUUGGAGGCAAUACUCUGUACACACAAGCAUUGGGAUCACAGUGGGGGAAACAAAGGGUUGAAAAGGCUUCACAGCUCAUGCCGAGUUUAUGGAAAUGCAGCUGAUAACAUUCCUGGCCUCACACACCCUCUCUCACACAAGGACUCGGUGACAGUUGGUCGUUUGCACUUUAAGGCCCUCUUCACUCCUGGACACACAGUGGGCCACAUGAUCUACCUCCUGGAUGGUCGGGCAGUCGGUGCCCCCUCCAGUCUCUUCUCUGGUGACCUGGUUUUCCUAUCAGGCUGCGGGAGGAUGUUUGAAGGCAGCGCCACGACCAUGCUGUCAUCUCUGGACACGGUUGGCUCCUUAAAUGAUGAUACUCUAUUAUGGCCUGGUCAUGAGUAUGCAGAGGACAAUCUGCUGUUUGCUGCUGAGGUUGAGCCACGCAGCACUGCCAGGGAAAACAAAUAUCAGUGGGUGCUGCAGCAGCGAGGCCAGAAGCUGUGCACGUGUCCCUCCACCAUCGGAGAAGAGAAGGAUUACAAUCCUUUCCUGCGCAGCCACUCUGCGGAGCUCCAUCUAGCCCUGGGCCUCCAGCAGUUCCAGGAUGAGGACUGGACCCAGUUUAGGGCUCGGGUGCUGGAGGAGCUGCGAAAACGCAAAGACCUCUACAACAGGAGAUAGUACUGGGAGCACUGAGACCGACGUCUGCUCACCUGUACUGGCCAGUGGUACGACAGCAGCAUCUGCAGUUGUAGUCAUGAUAAACUGAUCUGUGAGGUACUUAAACACAUCGGUUUUGUAAAAUUUAAAGUGGCAUUAAGUUUUGACCUUUAUCAACCUGUAUCAGUGACCACUAGGGGCAUAGUUGCAUUAUUAGAUAAUACUAAUCAUUACCUCUCCACAUGUAUACUAUGGUAAUUUUGUGUUUUCAGACAGAACAUGCAUAUUUAUUGCUUCUUUAAACAGCCCUGAAUAAAACUGUAGAUUUGCAUGAGUAGCUCUUUAUUAUUUUACAGGUAGGUAGAACCAGAUCUCUGAUUAUUGUUAUUGAAACACUAGGUGACAAAAGGUCAGCACACUACAUAGAAUAAUUCAACACGUUAGGUACUUUAUUGUUUAUUGCACAGCCUGGUUCAUUUUUAGGGUGGGUAAUGAAUUAUCUAUAAAAGGGUUUGGUUUGCCGUCUGUAUUACAAAUGCUGUUUCACAUUUAUAGUUAAUUCCCCUCUCCACAAAGGUAUGACUUUUGAGCCUGAGUAUUUGAUUGUGAAUAUUUGAUAUUAUAUUCAACAGGAAUGGUACUGUUCAUUUAACAAAUCACGAACACAUGUUGUUGUUGUUGUUGUUGUUGGUAUUUUGUGUUAAAGUCAGCACAGUGUAUGAAAGUCUGUCUGUACACUCGCCUUACAUGUGAAUCUUUGUUUGCUGAAUCUAGGAGCCAGUUUUCUUUUUGAUUUUUAGUCUUCUUUUGACUCAGAAUAGAUGUAACUCACAUUGGUCCUUAGUGGUGCAUGUGAUUGGGACACUAACAGCCCCCCCUCCCCUCCUCCUCUCUCCCUCCAAUAUUUCAGUAACGUGUUCAUGGUACAACAACAAAAUAUCUGCAUGUGGGCCUGAAGUGGAAAACAUAUUUUCUAGUUUAGACCUUUAGUUUUGUGCCUCUCCGCAGAUGUUUUUUGCUGAACUGUUUCUCAUUCAAUUGUAUUUUUCAAGUGUUUAGAAGUUGAACUACUUGGAUAGCAACAUAUGUGAAGGAUUUGACUGGUUUUGCAUUACAAUGUGUGAGAUAUAUGACUGAAUCACUGUUUGGGGGAUGAUUUAUGUUAUUUGAAUUACUCUUGACUGCCAGCAGUUAUAAUUCAGUCGAUUAAACUUACAGGGUGAUGUUGAAUCAAGCAAUCUGUAUACACUUUAUUUUUCAAACAGUUUUGACUGAUGUUUGAAAUGUGUCAUAUUUUCAGAGUAAGAGGGUGAUUGAAUUAUGAGACCUUUCAUUUUCUUUUCUAAAAUGACGAGAAUGUGCCAUUGAUCGUGACACUCGCUUUAAAAUUUUAGAAGGAAUGUUUUUUAUAAACAAUUUGAAAGCUUUGGAAACCAAAAGUGUACAUAUUUUUUAAUAUAUUUAAUGUCUUAUUAUACUAUGACACUAUAGUGGAAGAAAGAUAUUUCAGUAUAAUAAACACGUUCUUCUUCCCAUGCACAUUUGAAUAUUUCUGUUGCUGCUGUCAUUUAUGUUUAGUUGGGGAUGGGCCAGAACGUAAAGGAAUAAACCUUUAAAGUUUGGUGGAGAUAUGAAAGCUCUUCAGAUUCCUCUGUUGCUCCAGCAGCAGAGCUCGUACCAAAGCACCUUGUCCCCUGGUGAUCAUCUACUAAAAUGUUACUCUGUUUGUUUGAUGCAGAUUUCGCAUCUUAUUUGCAUACAUUUGAGUUAUGAAUAGAACCACAUGGGAGACUGUUUUACUUCAGGUUACGUUUUAAUGAGAAGAUAUGAAAGUGAACUCCAUUAGGUGUGUAUGUGUUAUUUGUUGUCUUUAUGGGUUUUCAAAACUGACAGCUGUUGUUUCCCACUGCUACAACUUCCCUCAACUCAAAUAGGAUUAUAACGUACCUUAUGUGCAUGUAUAAAAUACUCUGACAGAAAAAGGGUAAGCUGAACUUUCUGGUGAUAGACGAGUAUAAUAAAAC